AUGCAGCAGCGGUGCGUGCGACAUGUCUCCUCCCGCGUUGACUGGCUGCUCCGUGGCUUUGGGCUGACGUCUGGCAGGCGAUGUUUCGCAUCCCCGAGGCUGUGCUGUCAGGGUCGGCUGUACGCGAGUCAGUCAUCACAGUUUGCCAUUGAGGCAGAGACCCUCAGCCAUCACUGCAACAGCAACAGAAUCAGCACGGUUACUUCUUCUGUUGCCCCUGAUUCCUCUUCUAGGCGUGAUGGGAGCAACCACUCGGCACCGGCGCAGAGCAAUGAGGAAGGGAAAAUAAGUACCUUGCUGCGUGCAUGGGAUCUACAGCAGGUGCUUUUUGGCCUCAGGGACUUUCAGACGGGAGUUGUAACAUACGUGGAAGUGGAGGAACGAUUACGCGGCAUGCGGCUAAUGGAUGAUUGGAUGAUCCAAAAACUAUUUUUGGAGAGCGGCUGGGUGCGUCAGCUGCAAGAGAACGCUGAGACGGCACCCCAGCACCACGCUGUGGUGGGCGAGCAGAAGAUUCUACGCUACAUGCUGCAUCGUUUUAUUUCAGACGAAACCAUGUGGCGUGACGAUCUGCUUGCCUUAUUGGAGCUCCUUUUUACUUCUGUGGACCAGUCAACAUGCCUUUCUUUUGAUCGUACGUCUUGUCACACCGCAUCGCACCCCUGCACGACGUCAGUGGAUAACUCUGCCUGCGGCCACGAAGAUGAUCACAACACAAGUGAAUUCUCGGUGAGAAUUCCAGGCUCUCUUUUUAAGGAACCCGAAAAGAUGAACUUCUACUCGUAUGGCUUGCAGAAUGUCCUGUGGGAGUUCCUGCAGGAGGAUGCAUCUUCUUUUGAAGACACCUCGGCACUCUGGCGCGUUUCUGUGGCAUCCUAUCGCAACCUGUUGUCUCUACCCUCGCCGCAGCGGCCGCCGUUUAGUCGAUACGAGUCCCAUCCUGGUAUAUUGGGGGCGGAGUUUGUAGGGGCAAUGCGCUCUAAGCAAACUGAGAGCCCCAGGGAGAAUUCGGAUGAAGUGGCACUUGGGGAUACGCCUCAAGAGCCUGUGGAGUGUGAUUUGCCGAAUGACGGGCAGGAAGAAACGUCGAGAGACGGCGAAGACGACAAAGUGAUGAUGAUGAUGAACGAUGAAAGUGGGAACUCGUACUUGCGUGAUAGGUUCUACAUGAGUGUGAUUGAGCCGGGUGAAGUUUCUUUUCCCGCAGGAGAUGCCAGGCCGAGUGGUGUUUUGUGUAGCGCCGGAAAUGAGCACUCACCAGAGCGGCAUUCAGGUGUUUUUCCGGCCUCUUGGCGAGGGGAACGCGAGAUUCUCAACCCCGGGAACGGGGAGCUGGAGGAUAUUCACCUCAACCACCUCUGGGGUAUAUUUCAAAAGAUGAAGCUGGAAGACAGCAUCGACAUGUGCCGUGCAGUGCGUCAUGGAAAUCUGGAGAAAUUGAGGUGGGAAGUGUUUAUGGACGUCCUUGCCAGGAAAGGUCUUUUGUUGCUUUUUUUUGCCCGCGACGAGGUGCGGGCGUUGACCCCACCACACCUGACAUAUCGUCGGCUCAGUCGACUGCAUCAAGAACUGAAAGUAAUUGCCUCAUGGACUUCCACUCGUGGCCACUGCGUGCCCCCACCAUCACUCCCAUCGUUUGAGGAUCUUACUCUCUCCUCUCGACUCUCCUUCAGUUGCUUCGCUCAACUGCAUGCACCCGUUCAACGUCAUUUGUACGGAUUUGCCACCCCCAGUGUGUCGCCAGCGCAUUUAUACAGUCGAUACUGCGAGAGUUACUCGCAGUCUCUCGUGCAACCAAACGCACUUUCACAGGACGGCAAAAAAGAAGAUGCGGGUAAAACGAUUUCAUGUGAGACGCCUACCGCGUUAGAAAAGCGUCAGUUUCCACGAUUUGAGUGCCUUAGCGAGCUCCAGCGAAUGGCAUUUUAUUAUUCUUUUCACGAUGAAGUGCCCCACUUCUCCCCACAACCAAACGUAGAUAACAGCUGCAGUACCGGUGCAGUAUAUAACGUGGGCAUUAACCAGAAGUACAGGACGGAACUCACUGAACCAGAGCUGUCCGACGAGCCUCCCGUCGCAGUCAAGCAGCGUGGGCGGCCGAGAAGGGCGACACUGACGGUGCCCGAUGCAUCCGACGAGCCUCCCGUUGCAGUCAAGCAGCGUGGGUGGCUGAGAAGGACGACGCUGACGGUGCCCGAUGCAUCCGACGAGCCUCCCGUCGCAGUCAAGCAGCGUGGGCGACCGAGAAGGACGAUGCUGACGGUGCCCGAUGCAUCCGACGAGCCUCCCAUUGCAGUCAAGCAGCGUGGGCGACCGAGAAGGACGACGCUGACGGUGCCCGAUGCAUCCGACGAGCCUCCCGUCGCAGUCAAGCAGCGUGGGCGACCGAGAAGGACGAUGCUGACGGUGCCCGAUGCAUCCGACGAGCCUCCCAUUGCAGUCAAGCAGCGUGGGCGACCGAGAAGGACGAUGCUGACGGUGCCCGAUGCAUCCGACGAGCCUCCCGUCGCAGUCAAGCAGCGUGGGCGACCGAGAAGGACGAUGCUGACGGUGCCCGAUGCAUCCGACGAGCCUCCCGUCGCAGUCAAGCAGCGUGGGCGACCGAGAAGGACGACGCUGACGGUGCCCGAUGCAUCCGACGAGCCUCCCGUCGCAGUCAAGCAGCGUGGGCGACCGAGAAGGACGAUGCUGACGGUGCCCGAUGCAUCCGACGAGCCUCCCGUCGCAGUCAAGCAGCGUGGGCGACCGAGAAGGACGAUGCUGACGGUGCCCGAUGCACCCGACGAGCCUCCCGUCGCAGUCAAGCAGCGUGGGCGACCGAGAAGGACGAUGCUGACGGUGCCCGAUGCAUCCGACGAGCCUCCCGUUGCAGUCAAGCAGCGUGGGCGACCGAGAAGGACGAUGCUGACGGUGCCCGAUGCAUCCGACGAGCCUCCCGUCGCAGUCAAGCAGCGUGGGCGACCGAGAAGGAAGGUGCUUUCCACGUGA